AUGGUCAAAUUAAUCGCAGGGCUCAUGGGCUCCUCAGUUGCAACGGGCUCAUCAAAAAUGGCCUCGACCGACCAAAUCCGUCCCUUCUUGGCCAUGCUCCGCAAUCACGACAUUACAGAACUCGACACAGCGCGCGUCUACAACUCGGGCAAGAGCGAAGAAGACCUUGGAGCCAUCCCGGAAGCUCAAGCCAAUUUCAAGAUCGCCACGAAAGCACCCGGCUUCAGUCCUGGUUCAUUGAGUGCUGAGAAAGUGAUCGCCAAUUGCAAAGCAUCACUCGCAGCAUUACAACAGGAUCAAAUCGAGCUGUAUUACUUCCACGGCCCAGACCGACAGACUCCACUGGAGGAAUCGUGCAAAGCGAUCAACCAGCUAUAUCAGGAAGGGAAAAUUGCCGAGUUCGGGAUAUCCAACUUCAACAAGGACGAGGUCGAGGAGAUUCACUCUACAUGCAGCAUGAACGGCUGGCUGGCCCCCACUGUUCAUCAAGGCGGCUUCAAUCCCUUGUCACGAGCAGCCGAGGAGAAACUCUUCCCAACGUUGAGAAAGUUGAACAUGGCCUUCUAUGCCUUCAGUCCAUUGGCCGGUGGUUACUUCUCGCGAAGUACGGACCAGCUUCGUGAGCCGCCAGCGGGCGGACGGUACGACCAAAUGAAGCACUUCAAGAACAUGUACGUCAACGAUUUGUCGUUGGAGUUGCACGAUAUGCUGUCAGAGGCUUGUGCGAGGGAAGAUGUUACGGUGAAGGCUGCUGCGCUGCGUUAUCUUGCGCAUCAUUCCGCGUUGCGAGAUGAGGAUGGAAUCAUAUUGGGAGCCAGUAGCCAAGAGCAAAUGGAGGAGAACUUGGCAGCGUGUGAGGCUGAGAAGUUGCCGGGAAGUAUUGUGUCUGCAUUUGAGUUGUUGUGGACGCGGUACAAGGGUCAUGGUUACAGUGACAUGUAUUGUGUAUGA